GUGGUGCCGCGCGGCGGGGACGUCGUGUUCGGACGCGUGACGCGCGUGCUCGAGAAGGCGGCGCACGUGGAGAUCGCGGCGGUGAACGGAAGGGCGCCGAGGGGAGGGGAUUUCGCGGGCGUCGUGCGAAGGCAAGACGCGCGCGCGCACGCGGUGGACUCGGUGGAGCUGGAGAGGUGCUUCAGGGCGGGGGACGUCGUCAGAGCGAAGGUGCUGUCGCUGGGCGACGCGCGGUCGUUUUAUCUGACGACGGCGGGUGACGAUUUGGGGGUGGUGCGGGCGACGCACGGGACGUCGCGCGCGACGAUGCUUCCGAUCGGUUGGACCGAGGUGCAGUGCCCGGUGACGGGGGAGGUUGAGGAUAGAAAGGUGGCGAGAGUG